GCGGGGCGCCGGUCCGUCCGGAGGUGACGUCGGUCGGCCCCGGAAGUGGGGCGCCGCCAUCUCAGGGGCGGGCGGCGUGCGGCGCGAUGCGGAUCGAGAAAUGUUAUUUCUGCUCGGCGCCGGUGUACCCGGGGCACGGCGUGGCCUUCGUGCGCAACGACUGCAAGGUUUUCAGAUUCUGCAGAUCAAAAUGUCAUAAGAAUUUUAAGAAGAAGCGUAACCCAAGAAAGGUCAGGUGGACAAAGGCCUUCCGCAAGUCAGCUGGCAAAGAAUUGACAGUGGAUAAUUCAUUUGAAUUUGAAAAACGUAGGAAUGUGCCAGUCAAGUACCAGAGGGAACUGUGGUCUGUGUCAGUUAAGGCAAUGAAGAGAGUUGAAGAAAUCAAGCAGAAACGCCAAGCAAGAUUUAUUAUGAACAGGUUGAAGAAAAACAAAGAGUUACAGACAAAGGCAGACAUCAAAGAGGUCAAACAGAACAUCCAUCUCAUCAAGGCUCCCCAUGCAGAGAAUUCAAAGAAAUUGGAGGAGAAGAUAGUGGAGACUUUGCAGGAAGAUAUGGAAAUGGCAGAAGAUUCAUAACUUUAGCUGCUGGUGGCCAGAAAGGACUGUACAUACAAGAUCCCGUCAGUUUCCAUCUAUUGAGCUGUGGAUAUAAUCACAUCCUAACAUUUAUCCACCUGUGAUCUAACAAUCCUUUGCAAAUUUCUGACUGACACAGUUUAAACAGGUGGAAUACAUCAGAUUCACCAGUCUUAUCCUUCCAGGCUCUAGUUGACCUCCAUAAAGUUGACUAAAAUAGUAAGAAAGAACUUUGCUUCCAUGAAAGGAGGAAGAAUAAUGACUGGUAGAUAAGCGAAACAAUUGGAAAUGGUCUCGGUGGUUUUGAUAUGAAUAAAUUGAUUAGGCUUUUCUCCUUUAUUAUAAAGUUCCUGUUCCAUAGGUAUGAUAAGUGUAUUUUUAAAAAGUUGUUGACUGAUCUGCCAGCUUCAAAUGUAGCUGCUGUAAACUAGACAUGGAAAAUUCCAGUCAGUCAUUAAAUUAAAAACAAACUGAUAUGUUGA